AUGAGCAAUGAUUAUAAGGCUGCAAAGGAGGCCUUUGUGUCGGGAAUGAUGGGUUCCUCAAUUACGCAUAUAAACCUAGUCUCUUUGGUCGCUUUGCCAACCUGCGUCGCCAGCGGUUUCUGCUCCAAAGCAACCGUGACGAACUUGGAUACGACCCCUGCCGUGACGACGUAUAGGGCACACAUGAUGCUCAUGACUAUCCUUGCAAUCCUGGCUGUGGAUUUUCCCGUAUCUCCCCGCUCCCUCGCAAAGUGUGAGACCUACGGCAUGUCUCUUAUGGACCUUGGAGUUGGUUCUUUCGUUUUUUCGCAAGGAAUAAUCUCCGCAACAUCCUUCGUGCCUCACUUUUUCACUCCCUUCCAAGAUCUUCAAAGUGACACCCAAGUCAUUACCAGUCAUCGUUCUCGGCCUUGGGAGAUGUGCGGAUGUCGAUGA